CGUAGCCGACAUGUUGACCAAGGCCCGUAUACGCGAUUUUCCAUCAAUUGCUUCUGAAGCGUUAAGCAGUGCAGGCGCUAAACGGACAAUAUCAGUUAAACCUAAGAAAUAAGAACAAUGAGAGCCACUGUGGAGAUUUUCCUUGGCCUGGCAGCGAUUAUAAUAUGUCUUUACACUGCCAAUGCCUCGUUAGAGAUCGAAAACAAUGAAGUGAAUCAUAAGCUGAGCGGCGUUAUACAAUGGAAAUACGAGAAAAGACCAUUUUGCAAUGCAUUUACAGGCUGUGGACGUAAACGCACCUCUUAUCCCUCCUAUCCGCCAUUUUCACUCAUAAAACGCAAUGAGCCCGAGGAGAAGCCCUACAACAAUGAAUAUCUGUCCGAAGGCUUAAGCGAUCUGAUCGACAUCAAUGCCGAGCCAGCUGUUGAGAAUGUGCAAAAACAGAUCAUGUCGCAGGCCAAGAUCUUCGAAGCUAUAAAGGAGGCCAGCAAGGAGAUCUUUAGGCAGAAGAACAAGCAGAAAAUGCUCGAGAACGAACAGCAGCAGCAACUGGAGCAGCGCGAGAACAAUUAAUAUGGCAUAACGCAUAUGAGUCUAUAUACCCGAAAUAAAAUACAAUGCAAUCGUUCCUGUAAAUAAAUAAUCUAUCCAUAAAUAUAUAUAAUAAAUAUAUAAACGUAUUCAUGUAUGCGCUUAGUUAUCUGAGAGAGGCUACAAGCACAUUGCAGGCAUUUAAUAAAAAGUGUUGACUCUAUUCAUAAAA